AUGAAUAGUGACAUCGUGGAAAAAGCCCUUGAUCUGUUGAAGCACGAUGUUGACCUUUCGAAAAAAUCUAAAUUACAUUUAGCAUACGAGAAAUUUAAUGAGCAAAAGUCUUUAACUUGUGAAUCUGAAAAAUGUAGUAAAGUGAAAUAUGUCCUAAAUCCUGACACACAAUUUAAUAAAAAAAUUGUUGAUCUAUGUUGUAGGGUAGAAAAUAUUUUAAAAAACUUGGAUACAUCUUGUUCAGAGGACGAUGAACUUGAUCAUAACAAUUGUUGUGAUUAUUUACUAUAUUGGUUAUAUGGAGAGAUAAUAAAAGGUGAGUAUAAUUCUUUUAGUAUUCAUUGGCUAUACGACAAAAUUCAGACACUUUUAGAAGAGAAUAAUUCUAACAGUAAUAAGAAGGCUAAAUGCAAUGAAAACUUCAUGAGAAUCUUUGACAUGGAAAAAUUAAAUAAUAAGAAAAUUUUAUUUGAUUUUUUAAGUUAUUACGACAGUAUAUAUGAAAUAUUAAGAACCGGAAUUGGUGAAAAUAAAAAGGAAUAUUGCCAGUAUAUAGAUUUUAUUUUUUAUAUAUACUCAAAUAUACACAAAGAAUAUCAAUCAAUAAAAAUUAAAGCGUACGACAAUGAAAUAAAUGGUUUUCAGAAAAAAUUACAAGACUAUGAUUAUACUAUUCUUAAAAGUAAGUGCUUUGAUAGUUCCCAGAAUACCAUUUUAAAGCAUAUAAAUGCUUUAACACAAACAUUAAAUGUAGAACAAAAGGAAUAUUCAAAAAAAUAA